UUUAAGCGACAGUAACACGUUUAUAAACAAGUUGGCUAACGAUUAAAAAUAGACAUGCAGUAAAAUAAGGAAUUAUUCACACGUUGGAUAUCUAUUUGAUGACAAAAUGACUACGGCAAUAAUCUCGGCGUUGAAUGUGCUUACAAAACCUGUUGGUGAGGCAUCUGGACAUAAUGCACAAAGCUCAAAGGAGGAGGCGCUUUUGUUAGCAUUGCGGGCAAACAGAGAAGUUCUCCUGGAGCAGCUGCACAGUGACCACAGUUUGCAGGAGGCGAAGGAACUGAGGGAAGAUGCGAUUGCUCACGCAAACUGGUUCCUAAAUGAUACAGAGGAUGCAAUAUGGAGCUUUGUCCAGGAGUGUCUCCUUCUGCUGCUCAGUUUAGCACGCCAGCUCUCUGCUGAACUCGAGCUUUUUAAGCAAACACCUGCUCCCUCUGCCAAACUACACACCCCUGAGAUGGCUCCACCCUUACCACCAGACGUCCUCAGUUUCACUCAACAGAAAACAGUUGGGGCAGCCCUUCAGUUUGUGGUUUCUUUUGGCCUCUGCCCAUUUUUGGCUCCAGGAGUCGGUGUGCCACUGGGUCACAGGUCUGCAUUUGGCGCAAUGGUGGAAAAAAUGGUGAAUCCUCAUAGUGCUGUUAGAGCACCACACCAGCUUCUCACAACGACAACUAUCUUGUUGCGUUUAGCGGAACUGUCAUCUCUUGCCACUCUGGUGUUCACCCGACACCUAGGAGAUGUGAUGGCGGCACUCUGUCAGCUUGGCUAUCAGCCGCAGAAGUCCAAGACAAGCAGCACAAAGGAUAUGCAGGAGUUCAGUGAAGAGGAACGUAGAAAUAGUCGAGAGGCUCUCCAAAGUCUUCUGCUAAAAGUCUAUCAGCCAGUCGUGAUCAAGGAGCUCCUUAUUUUACAAGGUGGAGCCAAACAGUCGAGUCCAGAAGCAAGGUCCAGUGGUUCCAGAAGCAGGACAGCUCCUGGUUGGCUGAGGCGCCUUUGUGGUCAGUUACUGUCUGAGCGUCUGAUGCAACCAAAUGGAGUCCAAGCUGUAGUCAGAGCCAUCCUGCAAGGAGGAACAGGUGAGUCAGACUGGAAGAAAUGUGACGGGAUUGCCAAGAUUCUCACAGCAUGCCCGCAGCAGUCUGCUUCAGCCGACGCUUACUAUAAGCAAGUCUGUUCUCAGAUCCUCGAGCUCCUGCACCUCAAAGACACCUUCACAGCUCAACAGUUUCAGUGUGUGGCCACCAGGACAGCUCUCCACCUGAUUCAAGACAAGACCAGUUUUGCUCAGCCCUACUUGCUGCUUCCUCUGUUGGGUCCUCUCUACCACUGCAUCACUGGUGCUGAUGAUGUUCAGGGCCAAGUUGCUGUGGAGGAAUGGGAGAUGACACAGUGUGUAGAGGACAUUAACAAGAUUUGGGUUAUGGGCAACAGUCCUUCGACGCGUCUUCUCGGCGCAUUAGAAGAAGUGCUUCCAGUUGUCUUCACACUCUUCUGUUUCACCAAGCAGAAUGUCUCCAACCUACGAGGCCCGUGUCAGGAUAUUUUACUGUGGUAUCUGAGCCAUGCUGAGACCUCUGUGGUCCUGUCACUACUCAGGCAGCUCUCAGGUUUGAAGGAUCAGAAGAAUGAUGUAGCAAUAGGCUUUCAUUUCACCCCUGGCAGCAAUGGUGGAGUUCAACUUAGCUGCAGAGAAGGCUGCAGUGAUGAGGAUGAUGCGCUGUAUGAAAAGCUGUCGGGGGAGCAGUGGAGGUUGGAAUGUCUGAUGCACCUGCUGGCUGAACUCAAAGACAGUGAUGGCCCUGGAGAUUUCUUCCUUGACCUGCUGCAUGAGCUAACAAGCUGGGCGGCAGUGGCAGCAGAAGAAGAGGAGAAAGAUGGACAGCAAUUGGACAUAGCCUCCAUGACUCUCUUGGAGUUGGAGCAGCAGCAACAGGGUUGUGUUGCAAGGCAAAGCCACGCAUUGGCUUUGCUUCACUUGUUGGCCGCAAUGGUGGAGUCCCUUCAGCAUACUGUUGUGCUGAGAAAGAACAUACAGGUGGUUGAUUUUAUUGACUCACUGCUUCAGAGGGCAUGCAUUGUUCUGGAGAAGGCAAAUGGUGCUAUUAUUGAAAGCCCAAUAGAAAACCAAACGCUGAGUAUGGGGAUGGGCCUGGUGGCAACUCUGCUCUCUGGACCCCAGCUUACUGUUGACGUCUACUCAUCAAUGUCAAGACUGCUCCGGCCGCUCGAAACUCUUUCUCAGCGACACCCAGAGGUGUUCAUCCAGGAACUGGCUUCAAAUUUAAGAGCAAUCAUUGCCACUCACGGUGCCUACCGACCAGAUAACCUGACUAGCGGCGCCUUCCCAGGCUCCAAAGACUGUCAUGUGUCACCCAAUGACAACAAUUUGCCUUCAAUGAGAAAAAAUACAAUUGAAACUAAAACACAGACUUGUCCUCCAUCACCUCUGUCUCUCAACAACACGCUUCAACAAUCCCAUAUCAAACAAUCAACGCCCUCUGAGGGAUCUUCGGCAGGUGAAAGUUCACGUUCCUCUAAGGCCUUUUCUGAUUGGCUACUGGAGGCGUGUCACCCCGAUGUUCCAACCAGAGCAUUUGCCCUGAGGAACUUGACCCAAAUGGUGCGAUCCAAAGACCAAGAAAUUGUACAAGCCCAGGAGAAAGUCCUAACUCUCUUCCUUGAAAACUUGGAGCAUGAGGACUCCUUUGUCUACCUGUCAGCCAUUCAAGGACUUGCUUCAUUGGCUGAUUUCUAUCCUGAGAGAAUUCUGGAAAGGCUCCUGAAAGACUUUCAACAUGGUUCCUCGCUCUCCACAUCCAAUAAGGGCCACUCCUUGGAAUUUCGCCUUAAAAUGGGUGAAGUCCUAAUGAGGGCAAGCAGAGCUAUGGGGGAGUUGGCACCCCACAUCGGUCGUCCCCUGCUGUCGGUGUUCCUGAGAGGAACCAGAGACUCUGACCAAAGCAUCCGUGCCAGCAGUCUCUCUAAUCUGGGAGAACUGUGCCAGAGACUGGACUAUGCACUGGGUCCGCUGGCUCAGGAGAUGAGCUCCUGUCUUACUGCCUUGAUAAAGACAGAGAAAGAAGCAGAGGUGAGGAGAGCUGCUGUUCACGUUAUCACCCUACUGCUCCGAGGCCUCAGUGACAAAACCACCCAGGUCCUCAGCGAUGUUCUGCUGGACCUGUACCGAGCACUUAAGUGGGUCGUUCGAUCUGACCCGGAUGAGGUCGCCGUGCUUCAUGCCCAGCUCGCUCUUGAGGAGCUGGACGACAUUAUGCGAUGCCUCAUCUUCCCAAAACAGAAGCUGGAGAAGAAGAUAGUUGUCUUGCCGUAAAACUUGGAUUUUUUUUUUUUACCCCCAGUAUUACGUUUUCUCCCCCCCCCCCCCCUCCAAGCACAAUGAUAGACUCUGACAUAUUUAGGACCCCACAGAAUCAUUGUGCGUCACCAUAAAUCUCUUGGCUCAUAGAGUUAGUAAAGUUGAACACCCCAAAUAAUCAGUCCCCCAAAAUCAAAUGGUGUAUAAUAUUAGUUUGUGUUACUGUGUGCUCAUAACAAAACCAAAUAUUCAUGAUAAGUGGAACACAUUUAAAAACUAAAAAUAAAUCAGCACAGGUUCCAUGACUUAUCCCUAUUUAACAUGGGACAUUUCAAGCUGGAUUUGAAUAAAUUUCCCAUGGAAUGAUUGAAGACACCGAAUGUACCAGAAAUGGUCCACCUCACUUGACAUAAAGGACUACAAGAGAAUUGAUCUGCUUAACCGGCCGGCUUUGAGGGGCGUCAACCCCCCACUGUGUUUGUAGCAAAUCAAUUCCUUUGUAGAAUAUUGUAAUUGGUCUUGUUUCUCCAACUGGAUGCCGACUUUGUUUGAAAAUCAUGUAAGUAAUCCAUUAGGAAUGAAUUUUGGAGUAUUGUCAUACAUUUAGACUGAAUUAGAAGGUAGGGGUGGUUGGCUCUAAAUAAAUACACCCAAAUGAC